GGCCUGAGCUCAGAGGGGGACAGGUCAAAAAGGAGGACAGAGCUCCUGGCCAGGGCUGUGGCAUGAACUGAGCUUGCUGGGGACCAGAGAAGCACAGCAGAGUGGCAGGAGGAGCUACCCCAGCCACACCACCAUUCUCUGGACUCAGAGACCAUGACCAGAUCCUGGGGACUGUCCUUGCUCCUCCUCACCAUCCCAGUGGCCCUGGUGACCAGCGCAGACCCAGCCAAGAACAUAGUGAAGAUUUUGAGGCCAUUCAAAUCCAUUGAGUUUUCGGAUGCAAACAUGAGGCAGUGCCUAUGGUUUGCCAUGCAGGAAUACAACAAAGAGAGUGAGGACAAGUACAUCUUCCUCGUGAGCCAGAUCCAGCUGGCCCAGAUGCAGAUCACAGACCAUAUGGAAUACAUAAUUGAGGUUGAAAUUGCCCGAAGCAAUUGCAGAAAGCCUCUAAGCAACAAUGAGAACUGUGUCAUUCAAAAAAACUUCAACCUGGAAAAGAGAAUGAAUUGCAGCUUCCUGGUGGUAGCGCUUCCCUGGAAUGGUGAAUUCUCGGUGUUGAAGAAGGAAUGCUGGGACAUCCAAGUCUGAGGGUGGUCUGGAGAGCACCCCACCCCUAUCUCCUGAGAUAAAAGCAAGGGUGGUGCCAGUGUCACCAUGAACUCUCCAUGCUCUCUCUGCCUGCGGUCUCCAUUUUAGUUUCAUAUGGGAUGGGAGUGUGGUCCUCCCUGUGGCCUGCUCCAUGCUCCGCUGGGUGAG